CAGUCACCGCCGCAUCAGCAGCAGCGUCCACCGCGCCCCGAAGGACGCACCCUGCACCAGCAGCGACAGCGCGAAGAGUACGUGGAGCUGCAGAAGCGCGAGAGCGACAUCUAAGCGAAAAGGAAGAUGGCUCUUUACUUUCUCUAUCCCGCCGUGGCCGCCUUGGCUCUGUUCAUCGUUGGCGUGAUCAUUGUCAUGCUACGCUACGGUCCCCGUUUGUGCGGCCUGCGCCACCAUGCGCUUCCGGACAACGACGACCUGCGGGAGAAGACGUACGAGCACGAGAUUAGCUAUGCCUAAUCUUCAAUUUACACUCUCAUUCUUAUACAUGCCUUCUUUUUAUAUAUGAAUCUUACCCACUAACCCUUAUCUAUCCCGUAAGCUCCCCAACUAACCCAUCUGCACCCAGGAUAAUUAUUUUGCAUGCAGUACAAACAGAUUAUUGUUCAUUUCCCAUCUAUCACAAUCAGACAAUGUGCCUUAAUCUCACGUGAAAAAUUAUGCCGUCCAAGUGUCUUUUUAGUGCCGUAAGAUUGAAAUAACUAAAAAUAAUCGUAUACAUUUACCCCUUUGGGUAGUCGACAGAUGCUGCAUUUAAUGUAACAAAUUGAAUAUUCUAUAUACAUAUUUCAACAACAUAUCAGUAUCAGUAUAUUUUGCAUCUGCUUAUAUCUAUGCAAACUCUAUACAUUUGUAUUUGUCCGUUUAUUUCUCCCCAAUAUUGUGUACUGAAAUCACUUUGAAUAAAGCUCGAGUUUACAUUCCCGAAAAAUAUAUAAAUGUGCAUUUUAU